CCAAAUAUAGAUUGCACUCUCUAUACCAAAUUGCGAAACUCAGAACGGUGGACGCUAUCAAUUGAGCCGACGACCUUCGCCUGAAGUUCAAGUGGUUCUAUUCUAUUCUCAUCAAUUCAGCUUUGCUCGUAUGGCCUCCCAACAACAGAGUGGUAACGACACCGAUGGCAGUCCAUUACCAGAGGGUAACCCGGAUAGUAUUACCGGCAGAGGGGUGCUAGCAGACAGAUCUAGACGUGUGUGGACACAACGCGAGGAGCAAAUCCUUUUGUCAUCCAUGAAGGAGUUGGUGGCAACCGGAUGGAAGUCGGAAAAUGGUUAUCGUGCAGGAUAUUUGACCCGUGCAUUGGAGGCACUAAAACAUGAAUUUCCCAAAACUGAUAUUUGUGUUCACCCUCACAUCAAGUCGAGGAUCCAAUCUUGGAAAAAGAAUUACUACUCCCCGAUGCAAAUACUUGACCGUAGUGGUGUUGGUUUCAAUACCGAUGGUGACUACAAGAUAGAUAUCGAUGAUGAACAAUGGACACAAGUUGUACAGAAAGAUAGCAAUGCCAAGUAUACGAGGAACAAGUCUUGGCCAAUGUUCGCUGACUGGAAAGAGAUUUUUGGCAAGGACCGUGCGGAAGGGGUUAAGGUUAUGGACACGGGGGAUGCAGUCCGCAAAAUUUAUGGGUCUGGUUCUGGUGUAAACGAAAAUUCUCCAAUGACUUUAGAGGAACUCUUCCCCGAUGAAGUUUUUCCUACCGGUGUUCUACCGGAGAUGGUUGAUGAGAGCACUUCGGCACCUGUCAAAGUUAGUCCGAGGGUGCCAACCAAGGUAACAAAGAAGAGGAAGGCUGAUGACAAGAUGGACAGUGUCCUUACUCUCAUGACUCGCAUCCAUGAGGACACGAAUGAGCGCCUGAAGGACAUCGCAACUCGAAUUGGUUAUGAGUUCGAUCUUAGUACGAAGAGGACCGAGGUCUUCAAUCAACUGAAAGGUAUGCCCGGGCUGACCAUCAAGCAACAAUUUUAUGCUGCAAAAAAGUUGGUGAAGGAGCCUGAGCUUCUGGACUUGUUUAGGGGAUUGGAUGAAUUUGCUCAACCUACUUUUAUUCUCGAUCUUCUGGAGACAGAUGGUAAGAUUUGAACGUGGUGGAGUCCAUGUCUUUGGUAGUAUUUUGUUAUUUAACAUGGUUUAAACAAUGAUCCAAUCCAUGUAACUAGUGCCAGUGCACUCUUAUGUAGUAUGUCAACUGGUAUUUUUUUGCGCAUGUAAUAUGCGAAGUAUGGACAAGCUCUGUAUUUUGUUUAA